AUGCACACCUUCGAGGACGGAAGAGAAGAGGUCGAGGUUCGAAUCCCGCUGCCGGCAGAGAUCAAGGCUUCAGAUGUUGCUAAACGCUUGUCCAUCGACAUACAGCCGAGCUCCGUCAAGGUGGCUUGGAAGGAAGGCGCUGCAGCGCCCCUCUUGAACGCUCCAGAUCUGUACGAGAAGAUCCGACCGUCCGAUUCAGCCUGGUACAUCGACGGCUCCACGCUCGUCCUGACCCUGUCGAAGCAGCACCCGCAGAAAUGGCCCGCCCUGACCGACACCGAAGCCUUGGAAAAGAGGUUCGGACCCAUCCGAACCUCCCCGGACAAGGCCGCAGGUUCGGCAGCAGCAACAGCCUCGGCAGCAGCCGUGGGGAAUGGAACUGCUAAAGCAGGCGCGGAGCAGGCAGGGGCGGGGGGAGGGGGGAACGCGGAAACGGGGAAGGCGGAGGGGAAGGGUGGGGAUGGGGCAGGUGAAAAGAAGGACGGGGCGGCGGCGUGGGCUGCCCGGGAAAAAGUCAACCGGCUGCUGAAAGCUGCCCAAGACGGUGAUGUGGAGGGGUUGAAACAAGCUGUGGCUGUGAUGAUCGCGGAUGGGAAGGCGGAAGGGGACGGGAAGGGGAAGAGUGUGCUUGCAGUGGAGGAAGCGAGGGAGGUGCUGGAGGAGGUGAGGGACGCCAAUGGCCGCACGGCGCUGCACUUCGCAGCUAGCAAGGGGCACGUGGACGCGUGCAGGUACAUGGUGGAGGAGAUAGGCGUUCCAGUGGAUGUGAAAGAUGACGAGGGGGAGACGCCGCUGAUGCUGGCAGCGAGGGACGACCACUCAGAGGCUGCCACGUGGCUGGUUGAGCACGGGGCGGCUGUUGCCACGUCAGCAGAGAAGUCAGGCGCGCAGGCGAUACAUCACGCAGCGGGGCAUGGUUCGGUGAAGAUCCUCGAGCUCCUAUUGGACCACGGCGCCGACCCUAACGCGCAGAGCGACGCCGGGCCUCCGCUGCUGUGGGCGUGCGGGCAUGGGAAGGUGGCUGCAGCAGAGGUGCUUCUAACGAGGGGAGCCAAUCCAGACACGCCCAACGAGGAUGGGGUGAACUCGCUACUCACUGCCACUGCUGCUGGGGAGACUGAAAUUGUGAAACUGCUGCUCAAGCAUGGGGCUCAGCCCAACCCAGGCGCUGCUGACGCCGGCAACACACCUGCCGUCUCCGCCCUCCUUGCCGCCGGCGCCGAUGCCAACAAGCGGGACGAGGACGGCAUGACUGCUUUAGACGCCGCUGCUGCUGCGGGGAAUAAGGAGGUUGUAGAAUUGCUGCUGCCGGUGACUCAGCGGCCUGCUGACGUGGCGGAGGGGGAUUGGACGGUGGAAGGGUGUCAGCUGGCUGCGACUGGGACAGGAGGCGCCCCUCGCCCUGGCAGAUGGGCAGAUGAGUCAUUCCUCCCCUCCACCCCUCUCCACCACCCCGCACCCCCCUCUCCAGGCAUUGGAUCUCUACCCCAAGGCAGACCUGGCAGAAGCCCCAGCGGACGACAGGGUGAUGAAGGGCACUCUGCUGGCCAACCGCAGCGUGAGCUGGCUGCGCCUGGGACAGGCACCCCUCGCCCUGGCAGACGGGCAGACGGGCAAAUAACCCCCUCUACCCCUCUCCACCACUCCAAACCCCCUCUCCAGGCCCUCGACCUGUACCCCAAAGCGGACCUGGAAGCGACACCAGCGGACGACAGGGCAUUGGAUAUGUACCCCAAGGCGGACUUACCAGCCAUUCCAGCGGACGACAGGGUGAUGAAGGGCACUCUGCUGGCCAACCGCAGUGUCAGCUGGCUGCGCCUGGACCAGGCGCCUCUUGCCCUGGCAGACGGGCAGAUGAGCCGAGCUCUGCGGCCCGACUGGGCCAAGGCGUACUUUAGAGAAGGAACUGCAUUCCGAGCCAUGGAGCGUUACGAGGAUGCAGCGAAUGUGUUCUUCGAGGGGGUUCAAGUCGACCCCAAUAACAUGGAUCUCACAGCAGCAUUCCAGGAAGCGAUCGAAGCCGGGCGCAAAGCACAUAAAGAGAAGCAGGGGUCCCAGUCCUAG